UUGCGGAGGGUUCGGGGCCCGGCCCGCCUGCGGCUGUGGGAGCCCGACCUGGAGCCUGCGGAGUCGGUCUCCGACGUGUGCGGGGCUGCAGCGGCCUGACUUCCAGGCGCAGGGGUUGGAGCAUCCAUCAAAGUUUUUAGAAGAAAAUAUGCAUUAUGACCUCACUGGGAAGAGGCCUUAGAAGGACUGCUAACACUGCCCUCGAAAUAAAAAUCUUCCUGGAUUCACAUGAGACACACCAAGCAAGAUCCAGAUCAACACCUACAUGAUAGUGAGAAGGCCAUCCAUACAAGUGACCUCAGGUUGAGGAUUCCCAGGCUCCAGAAGCAGAUGACACCAUGAAGUAGGCAGCUUUGUUCAAGAUCUUGAAUCAAGAACGUUGUCUUCAUUUAUCUUCCCUUGAAGCCUCUCUCCCGGACUUGGGAAGUUCUCUGACCUAGAAAUUAAAAACAAAAACAAACCUCUUUUAUUUAUAGAAAGAUUGGGUGGAGCUUGCUUGUCUUAAUCUUGUCUCCCUCUCUCCCUCCACUAUGGGCUCCCUUUCAAACUGUGUCUUGCUUCAGCUAACUGUUCCUGCUUUUUUCAACAAUUCUAGCACGAUCCCAGUACCCACUCCCACCCCUCUUCCAAACCCUGGCCACCUUAGCUAAUUUAUCUGACUGCUGGUUAUGUCAACACCUAGAUAACGCACAAGAACCUGAAUUAGUUUUUGUUCCUGCCCAUGCAAGCGCCUGGUGGACCCAUUCUGGACAGUGGAUGCAUAAAAGGGAAUGGCAUCCACAAACAAGAGGACACAAUCACUCUACGUCCUCCUAUGGUAGAGUACUUUGGCAUUGGGAAACUUCUGCGGAAGCUCAAGGUCUAUCAUUAACUCAGGUGAGACUUUUGGAGGGAAAUUUUUCUGUUUGCAUUGAAAACAAAAAUGGCACUGGACCCUUCCUAGGUGACGUACCAAAACAAUACUGUAAUCAAACAGUAUGGUUUGAUUCCACAGAUGGCACCUUCAGACCUUCUAUAGAUGUUGCAAAUGAGUCCAAGACUGAUUAUUAUGAUGCAAAUGUUUGCCUAGUCACUGGACAAUAUUCCUGGUUUGCAGGCCACACGACUGGGACCUGGAACAGCUCACCUUUUCCCCUAGUCGGUCUGCCCAAUACCCAAGACUACAUAUGGGUGGACCAAAAUUCUGGAAUGACCUGGUUAGGUAAUGACACCUAUCUCUAUAGCUGCCAGAAUCAAACCACAGGUCUUCUAUACCAGAUAUUUCGCAACUUGUUUUGUUCUUAUAGGCUGACAGAGGCACAUGGUAAAUGGAGAUGUGCAGAUGCCAACAUAACUAAUGACAAAGGUCAUGGUGGACACCCGAUGCCAGCCUGGUGGGUCACACGUUCCACUCUGACCUUGUCCGUGAACAACUCUGGUCUUUUUAUCUUAUGUGGUAAUAAAGUAUAUAAGGAGUUCCCACCUAACUGGUCAGGGCGAUGUGGACUCGGAUACCUGGCACCUUCCGUCAGCCAGUAUCCCGCUUUCAAUGGGAGCCAAAUUACAGAUGUGGGCUCCUUAAUACAUAAAGUAGCACCACACAGACGUACCCAACGAGACGUCAUAGACCAUCCACCCGUGUAUCACAACCCCAAUUCGUUAAGGGCCCCUUUUUCAAGAUUGGGAACUUCUGAUCUAGAAGAAGCAAUUCUAAACAUUUCCAAAGCCACCGAACAGGGAUUGGCUGCCACGGUGCAGACCUCGGAGGCGCGCCAGUCAAGAGUUAGCAGCUUACUCUCUGCACUCCAAAAUCACCAUCUGGAUGUAUCGGCUGCUCAACAAGGAAGAACGUGUACGAUCGUUGGCACCCAGUGCUGCCUCUAUGUAAACAAGUCAAAAGAAGUGAGGUUUCUUUUGAACAGUGUGAAGGAACGGAUCGACAGUCGACGUCGAAUGACGGAAUUAGCCUUGAAUUGGACUGACCUCGUCUCAGGAGUGAGAGACUGGUUCAGUGGACAUUGGGGCCACAUGUUUGGAUUUGUUCCGCUCGGCUUCAUCAUUGUUCUCAUCUGUGUUGCCGUUUGCAGAUCUCUCACCUCCCGAGGUCCUGCCCAAGUGUCCUCUUCACAGCACUACACGGGGCUCCUUGCCUGUGGAACUUCAUGUGAGGUUUCAAACAAGGAAACCAGGGGACCAGCCCAACCGGAAGGGCAUAAAGACUCCUUUGCACUGACAGCAUCUGAACAAACAGCAGCUGCAGAAAGAGGCCUACUUCAGACUGCUCUUUGAUGAGUAAAGCAGGCCUUUCUGAGAAUUCAGCUGUCCUAACCCUCUCUCCAGGGAGCCUUUUGUAAGGGAGGAGCCUGACUUGGUAUCUGGGCAUCCGAAGAAUUGUGUAAAUAAGUCCUAACUGCACCUUCCAUACUUUCCACUGAAGCCUUAAUACCCACUCCCCAUCCCAUUAAGCUGGUAUAUAAAACCUUAUCCCUGGCUGUCCAGUGGCGGCCCUUUACAUGCUUCCACAUACAUAUAUGAUAAAUGUUGCUCCUAUCAAUCUGUUAAUUUGUAGGCCCUCAACCAUUUGAACCUGUGUGUUUAAUAACUGAAGACUUUCCCUUCAGGAGGAAGCUGUAAACCAUUUAAUAGCUGGGAGGAUUUGAUGUGCUCUCCUGGUUGCCCGUGUACGUUUAAUCUCCAGUCUAAAGGGGAGGUUUGUCUGGGGUGAAUGGUAGCCGUCUGAUUUCCCAUGGGCAGAGGCAGGGGCUAGGAUUGUAGAGACGGGGCAGCAUUUACUGUAUUGAACGCGUCAUCUGCCCAGUCCUGUGGUGAGGUCCUUACAUUUUUCUAUAGAAUCCUCUCCAGUUUGUAGGUGAAUAAACUCCAAGGGUAGAUGACAUGUUAAAGAUUACAUUAUUACUAAAAACAAGAGCAAGGUGCACAACAGGGUAUCUGGUGCACUGCCGUUCAUAAAGCAGAGGAAAUAAAGCAUACAUGUGUAUACAUGUAGAUUUACUCAGUUUUGCAAAUAGACCACUCAGAAAGGAUAAGUCAGAAGCUAAUGAAGGUGAUUACGUAUAAGAG